GUAAUUAGGCUUCUCCUCCGACUCACCAGGGGGCGACAGAGCGCUAAGAGCUGCGUCUCUGCUCGGAGAAGAAGCACUACUGCAGAGCAAACAUGGCGGCAUCGCUAGUGCGGUUUGUCCGCGGAGGUCUUGGAAGGAGUUUUAACAUUGCAAAGACUUCGUGGCUCCUCCAGCAGCAGAACAGGCUGCAGAGCUCCACCACUGAGACCAGCCCCACCGUCAGGCCCAGGGAUGCAGUCACUCACAGCCAGCUGGCGGCGUUUGGGGAGUACGUGUCGGAGAUGAUGCCCAAAUAUAUCCAACAGGUUCAGGUGACCUGUUACAAUGAGCUUGAGGUGAUGAUCCACCCUGAUGGAGUGGUUCCUGUUCUGACCUUUCUGAAGGACCACACCAACGCGCAGUUCAGGAACAUGACUGACCUGACUGCUGUUGACAUCCCAACACGGCAGAACCGCUUUGAGAUCGUGUACAACCUGCUGUCACUACACUACAACUCUCGCAUUCGUGUCAAGACGUACACAGACGAGUUAACGCCGGUGGACUCUGCGGUGCCGGUCCACAUCGCUGCCAACUGGUACGAGAGGGAGGUGUGGGACAUGUUUGGUGUGUUCUUCGCCGACCAUCCAGACCUGAGGCGUAUUCUGACCGACUACGGCUUCGAGGGUCACCCCUUCAGGAAGGACUUCCCCCUCUCGGGAUACGUGGAGGUGCGUUACGAUGACGAGUUGAAGCGCGUGGUGGCCGAGCCUGUCGAGCUGUCGCAGGAGUUCAGGAAGUUCGACCUGAACACGCCCUGGGAGGUGUUCCCCGCCCACCGAGAGCCCAAAGAGGCGGCACCCAAGCUGGAGGCGGGUGAGACCCCUGAGAAGAAAUGAUGUCCCUCGGUUUCAUCUCUCUGUUCUGUCCCCUCGUGUCGUUUUGGGAUUCCCAGCACCCUGAGCAAACCUGAAAUAUUUAUGUAAAUAAAAGAACUAAUAAAACAAACCUCAAAACA